UUGCUUUUAGUUGGUUUCCCGUUGUGAUCAGCAAACCAUCCAAGUGYACAAAAUAUGUCCAAAAGAGAUAUUAAAGAGUGGUAUAAGUUUGCUUUUAGACUUCUAGUCAACGAUCAAUGGCAUGUCAUCGCUGAGAGAGUUCAAAAUGGCGAUCAAACCUACCGUUGGGUGAAAGAACAGCUUCUUCUUGCAUUGCAUGGUCUGGAGAAAGAUGGUUCCCAGUGGGUAGGUGAUGCUGCAUUCAAGCUUAGACUACGGCUAAAAUCGUUCAAAAACUCCACCAUUACCGAGGAAAACUUCAAUGAUGCCAAAUACGGACUGGGUCAACCUGGAGGGAAGUUUGUUUUGCAAGACAGAAACUGUUCUGCUGAAAACAGACUUCGUGGUGCAAGACUGGCGCUUGUCGAGUGUGUUUUGGUGAACUACGACGAGCCGACUAAAGCAGGACAUGAAAUAUGUGUUGUUUUUGAGAAGAUUAUCGAAAUUGAAGCUGUUUAUUUUGCUAUUUAUGAGAAAAAAGAUGCAAAAUUGGCCUACGAAGUCAAGGUAAUGUAUGACCUUGCAAAGGAAUACGCCAAGAACAACAAGUUACCUAUUGACGAUUUGAUUGAACUGGAAUUUGAUCCAUCAUGUCUUCCAUCAGAAACAUCUCCAGUAUUUAAGCCUCGUGAAACCUGGGUAUUUGGUGACUUUGGUCAUGGAAAUGGCCAACUCUAUUAUCCUCAGAGAGUACAUGUUGACAAAGAAGGGAACUAUCUAGUGAUGGAUGAACAACCUGAAGGUGAUUCCCCUCAAAGGAUCCAGCUCUUUAGUCCAUUAGGGAAAUUCAUGAAAGUAAUUGUACAAAGUGGAGAAGAGAAUGGAAUUAGAGAAAUGAGAGAUUUCUGCUUGAAUAAAAGUGGGAAUCUAGUUGUUGCAGAUAUUGAUUACCAGGGCAACGGUAGAGUCCACGUCUUUGAUUAUGACGGCAACCAAUUGAAUUUGAUUAACAUUGACAAAGACGWACUCCUGGACAACCCUGACGAUAAACCACGAGUAUUAAACAUCUUUAUUGAUGAAGAUGACAACAUCAUCUGCGCUGAUAAUGGYUUGACAUGUGUGUGGGUCUUCUCCUCUGAUGGCAAAGUCAAAGCAAGAUUUGGCAAAUGGGGGAGACCUGAUGGAUGUUUUGGAGGUCUGUCAAGGUUAGCUGCAAAUGAUGGCAAGAUCUAUGUAUAUGACUCGCAUUUUGGCAAUCCAAGGACUCAGGUCUUUGACUAUAAUGGAACAUUCAUUGAUUCAAUUUGGCUUGGUUAUGAAUACAAGUGGCUUGUAUUCCACACAGAUGGCCAUAUCUAUGCUGUUGUAGAUGACCAUAUUGACAGACUUGAUCUUGAAGGGAACCAUGAGGUGGUYGCAGGGGGGAAGGAUGAGCCUCUCUUAGAAAGUUUCUUCAAUCUCAGUAGCAUUGCCUUCUUACCAGAUGGAAGGCUUGCAGCAGCAGAUGGUGGUUACCAUAGGAUCAAAGUUUUCAAUCUUAAAGGAGGACUACAAGAAUAAAAUGCACAAAAACAAAUAAUAGCACUUAUUCAGCAAAAGUAUUGGCUGUAGAACAUUUUUUAUGAUUAAGUAUUUAAUUAGAUGUUGCAUUAAAAAGACUUAAAAUAAUAAUGAUACUUAUARAUAAAAUUGUAAAUCAUGAUAGUACCAUUACCAUAGCGUUGUUUUUUAUUUCUCCUUUUGCUUCCAUUACAUUAUGCACCUAGUAACAUUGUUGCUUAUCAUGAACGUAAUAAAAUAACGCUAAACACUGUAAGAAUACGCUAAACAUACUGCAAUUAAAGAUACAAAACACGGUAUA